AUGGUUCAAGACCAUCCUGCUCGGAUACUAGCUGAUACCGGUGCUGGUUUGUCCAUAGUCUCAGAUUCUUUCAUUAGUAAGUACCAAAUACCCACAAAACCCAUAAAAACAAGAUCGAUCCAUGGUGUCACCGGGCACCAACUCUCCAUCAAUAGUUCUGCGAGCAUGCAGGUAUCUAUUGGUACACACAAUCUGGGUGUGGUCGAAGCUUCAGUGGCCGACACUGCGGACUAUGACCUCAUCCUGGGGUUCACUGAGCUACGGAGGCUCAAACCCACCAUACAAUGGGAUAUGGGCCAGCUGGAGUUCAAGACUCAGGAGCAGGACCGACCCCCUAGGAGACCCCCUGAAGCUGCAAGAGCAGGGGACCUAACCAUGAGGAGACCAACCCUUCAUGGUAACGAGUUUGUCUCAGCAGAGCGCAUACUACGAGCAGCUCUGGAAGAUGGACCCAUAGGGUUCAUGCUGUUAGAGGAGCCACCAUCAUCACUCCCAGCCUUUGGUUUUGUACCUACAGGCGCAGACAAAGGAGUCGAGAUGGAGGUGGAGGUAGAUAAGGUGGUGACGGCUGCAGACAUACCAAAGCCAUACCAACACCUGCGAGAUGUGUUUGAUGAGGUGGAAGCAGACAAGCUGCCCCAUCAUACCGAGCAUGAUCUCCACCUCGAGUUGAUAGAAGGAGGGAAGCCACCUCAAGGGCCCCUAUACCUUAAGGGACCCAAGGAGAUGUCCGAGUUGAGGAGGUACUUGGAUGAGAACCUCGAGAAGGGGUUCAUAAGACCAUCGAAGAGCCCGGCACGAUCACCGGUGCUCUUCGUACCAAAGAAGGAUGGAGGUCUCAGACUCUGUGUGGACUACAGAGGUCUCAACGAGAUCACUGUCAAGAACAGGGCACCAUUGCCCCUCAUCGAGGAGCAGCUGUUCUUGCUCAGGAAGGCAAGGAUCUAUACCAAGCUAGACCUUAGAGCAGCAUACAACCUCAUCCGGAUUGCUAAAGGAGAUGAAUGGAAGACAGCUUUUGGCACUCAGUUGGGACUCUAUGAGUACCUAGUGAUGCCCUUUGGCCUAGCCAAUGCUCCGGCUCACUUCCAGUCAUUCAUCAAUGACAUCUUCCGAGACAUCAUUGGGAUAUAUGUGGUAGUAUACCUAGAUGACUUCCUGAUCUUCAGUGACACUGAAGAAGCACAUGUGAAGCAUGUCACUGAGGUCCUCACUCGCUUAAGGAGCAACAGGCUCUUUGCUAAGCUGUCAAAGUGUGAGUUCCACACCAAGACAGUUGAGUUCCUGGGGUACAUCAUCAAGCCAACGGGCAUAGAGAUGGACCCAGAAAAGGUGCGCACUGUCAAGGAGUGGCCAAUGCCGGAGUCAAUCCAUGACAUCCAGAGGUUCCUGGGUUUUGCCAACUUCUAUCAAAGGUUCAUAGCCCACUUUGCUCGCAUAGCCAAGCCCUUGACAGCACUGGUAAAGCCUAUAGAACGGUUCAAGAAGUUCGAGCUACCAGAGGAGGCCCAACAGGCCUUCCACAAGCUCAUCCAGGCCUUCACAUCAGCAGGAGUGCUUCAGCACUUCGACUACCACCUUCCAACAAGGUUGGAGACUGAUGCAAGUGACUUUGCUAUAGCAGGAGUACUCAAGCAGGAGCAUGAAGGACGAUGGCAUCCAGUGGCCUUCUACUCUAGGAAGAUGUCUUCUGCUGAGAAGAACUAUGAGAUCCAUGAUAAGGAGCUCCUAGCUGUGGUCGCCUGCCUCACUCAGUGGCGACACAUGCUAGCUGGACUACCAAACCAACUGGUCAUCCUCACUGACCAUGAAGCCCUCAAGUACUUCAAGUCACAGAGACGCAUCACAGGUCGACAAGCUCGAUGGGCAAUACUACUAGCAGACUUCGACUUCAUAUUGCAGUAUCGACCAGGAGACAAAGGUGGUGAACCCGAUGCUCUCACCAGAAGGACAGACAUGCAACCAGCCGGUGAAGAGCAGGAUCACAAUGUGAGGCAACUACUGCCUCCUCGAGUGUUCAAGGAGACAGCAGACCAUGACUCGCUCCUAGUGGCCCCCAUGAUCUCGAUGGAGUCCAUAGCAUCAAAAGGUCUCAAAGACCUGGUCAAGAUCUUCCAGCCUUUAGACCAAGAGCUACAGGAGAUACAUAGGAAGAAGCCUUUCGAACUCAAGGAUGACCUAUGGUACAGUGGAGGAAGGUUGGUUAUCCCCAAGGUGAUCAUGCCAGGGAGGACCAACAACCGACACUCAAGGAGUGCCAAAGAGGUAGAUGGACAGUCUCUCUCUGUAGAGCAUCUGCGAUUCAUGGUGAUGACCCAAUGCCAUGAUGGUAUCACUGCUGGACACGUAGGAAGAGAUGCUACCAUCAAGGCAGCUCAACGACAUUACUGGUGGCCAAACAUGACAGCUUGGAUUGCAGACUAUGUAGCAAGUUGUCCUGUAUGUGCUAGGUACAAAGCUCCUCGUCAUCGUCCAUAUGGUUUGCUACAGCCACUAGCAACCCCAGACAGGCCCUGGGGCUCCAUAUCCCUCGACUUCAUUGAAGGACUACCACCAUCAAAGAAGUAUGACUCCAAGACCUAUGACUCUAUCCUAGUCAUCGUCGACAGGUUAACCAAGUUUGCCAUACUAGCUCCAACCCAUAAGACAGUCACAGCCAAACAGACUGCAGUAUUGCUAUAUGGACACAUGGUUAGACUCUUCGGAUAUCCAGAUCACAUGGUCUCGGACCGAGGCAGGCAGUUCAUAUCAGGAGCAUGGAAGGCAUUUGCAGAGCAAAUGGGUGUGAAGCACUCACUUAGCACGGCCUACCAUCCUCAAACUGAUGGUCAGACAGAGAGAGUCAAUCAGGUCAUAGAGCAAUAUCUCAGGAUGUACUGCAACUAUGAGCAGAAUGACUGGGCCAACCUGCUGGACACUGCGGCCUUUGUAUACAACAACACGGUCCACAACAGCAUUGGUGUCUCACCAUUCUUUGCAUGCUAUGGAUGGAACCCCAAAGCUCAUCCUGACAUCCCUCAACGACUAGGAGUCAAUGAUCCAGGUCGCUUCGAGUACCUCAUGGAUGGAAAGGAGCGUUGCAAGUACCUCCAGGAGCAGAUCAGAGAGGCACAACGUAGAUCAGUAAACCAGUAUAACAGGAAGCACAAGGACAUCGAGUUUAAGGUGGGUGAUAUGGUCUAUAUCAACCGACGAAACUGGAAGACAAGGAGACCCACACCCAAGUUAGACACCCGGUUUGCAGGACCCUACCCAGUUCAGGAACGGGUAGGACGCCGAGCUUAUCGAAUCACAUUGCCAGCAAACCUUAGGGUGCAUGAUGUGUUCCAUGUCUCCAUGCUCGAGCCAGCAAGAACAAGUUCUCUUCCUCAACGUGCUGAACAGCCCACCAUACCAUCACUUCCAGAUGAGGACCUCGACUUCGAAGUCGAAGCACUCAUCGACAAGCGUUCACACAAUGGGACUACGGAGUACAAGGUGUUGUGGAGAGGGUACUCAGAGGAAGCUGCUUCAUGGGAACCAGUAGAGAACCUCAACUGUCCCGACCUCAUCCAGGAGUAUGAGGUGUCGGAGGGGGGACGAGUGAGUAGACAGAGUGGAGAGAGGAGGAGAGAACAGGAGGAGUAG